CUACAUCCUCGGCCUCUUCUCCCUCGUCACCGGCGCCCUCGAAGCCUACUGCGUGCAAUCCCUCUUCCUCCUCUGGCUCAAAUCGCACUCAUCACACUACACCAGCGCUCAAAUAACGACCUACCCCCUCGGCGUGCAAGCCGUCGCCAUCGUCUCCAAUAUCCUCGCCGCGCUCUACAUCGACGCGACGCAGCGCCGCGCGCCCGUCGGCUUCGCGGCCUGUUUCUUCCAACUCAUCACCACCAUCCUUCUCCUCAUCCGCUCCACGCCGGCCGCCGGCGUCUUCUUCGCGUUCUACCUCGCCGGCACGAGCUACAUGGUCAACCCGCUGCUGUUCGGGUGGGCGAACGUGAUACUGAAGAGGAGCGGGGACGAGGCGGCGAGGAGCGUGCUGUUGUACUGGAUGAAUGCGGUGCAGAGCGCGUUGUAUACGUUUUGGGGGAUCGCGUUGUAUCCGGCGGAUGAGGCGCCGUAUUGGCGGAAGGGUGGGGUGGCGAUGUGUGUGGUUAUUGGCGUGUUGGUGGGGAUGUUGUGGGUUGUUGAGUGGCUUGAUAAGAAGUCUAUUGCCGAGCAGCUCGUCGUGGGGUCGGAGGAUGCGGAAGAUUCUGGGGUCUCUGUUGUUCAGGUAAAGGCGGGUGAAGGAGAAAAGUGCUGA